GGUUAUGCAAGCCCAUGUCAAUGUAACGGUUAUGAGGGAAGAAUAAUGAUGGCAUGGAAUAAUUGUGGUAUGAUGUGUGCCAGUCUGAAAGGCAUCCACUGGAGCACCAGAACUGGAAACUGCUUGAAUAUCCAGUUGCAGCAUCUAAGAAACUACUGUGUCACAUCUCUGCUCAGAAGGCAUUCUGCUGCAACCAAUGCUGCUGCAGCAGAAGCAAUCACAUUUGUACCGCGCCACCAGGACACCUCUACAACAGAGUUGGCGGAGUUUGAGCGUGUGCUGCGCCGCUUUCCGCGCCUAGCAGUGAUCACAGGCGCCGGGAUAUCGACAGAGAGUGGCGUGCCCGAUUACCGUUCCGCCGAGGUGGGGCUGUACGCGCGCCGCGGCCACCGACCCAUCACCUACCAGGAGUUUGUCUCGUCGGAGCCGGUGCGGCGCCGCUACUGGGCGCGCAACUUCGCCGGCUGGCCGCGCUUCUCCUCCGUGCAGCCGAACGCCGCGCACCACGCUCUGGCCGAGUGGCAGCGGCGUGGCCGGUGCUCCUCCCUGGUCACGCAGAACGUGGACGGCCUGCACACGGCGGCGGCCGGCGGGGAGGUGACUGAGCUGCACGGCUCGUCACACCGGGUCCGCUGUCUGGGCUGCGACUUCACCCAGUCGCGCCAUCAGCUGCAGCGGGUGCUGGAGCGCGCCAACCCCCAGUUCGCCGCCGAGGCGCCCGCCGCUCUCCGACCUGACGGUGACGUCGAACUGGACCAGGACCAGGUGAGCCGGUUUGUCGUGCCGCCCUGCCCCGACUGCGGCGGACUCCUAAUGCCCGACAUCGUGUUCUUCGGUGACAGCGUGCCGCGGGCCCGUGUGGAUUCAGUUCGUCAGGCGGUGGCUGACGCCGACGCGCUGCUGGUGGUCGGCUCGUCACUGCACGUCUACUCGGCAUACCGACACGUGCUGCAGGCUGUCGAACUCGACAGGCCAGUGCUGAUCCUCAAUAUUGGACCCACCAGGGGAGACAAGCACGCCUUUUAUAAACUGGACGGCCGCGCUGGCCUGGUGCUGCCCCGGCUGCGUCUCUGACCGGGUGCGGUAAUCGUGUGACGAGGGUUUAGUGUGGAGAACUGACUGUGACCCGACCAUCGAAGUCUGCAUGUGUGGUGCCUGCGACACAGUUUGUGACGUGUUGUGAGACACCGUGUGUCUUUUGUGAGGAUUUGUUGGUGUAUGGUUCGAUCGGCCGAUGUUUUCUUUUUCAUUUUCCGAUGAAAAGGUUCACCACCCGCUUUUGCUGGCCGUUGCAAGACCACUGUGCACGAGGAAAACUUGUACUAUCUGAGCCGCCGGCUGGCGAGUAGAAGCCACUGUGGUUAGAUGGUGUUAGACAAGGGACGGAAUGUGUGGCCACCAGCGCCAAGAUAUCCGUAUGUUUGGACAAUGUUGGCUUUGAUGACGAAUUUCGAUUAGUAGGCAGUGACAUAAACAGGACACUUAUGCCCAUGGCGUUGUAAAUGAGGACACCAUUCUGUUAGUGCUAAACGGCGCUGGUGGUGGUUUUUAUUGUUGUUUAUAUUUGAGAAGCGUACACGUUUUCGUUCUUUGUCAUCUCACUUUACGUUUGUUUUUGCUUGCAUGUGAUAGAUAUUGAGAGAAAAUGUGUUUUACGGGCUAGAGUAGGCACCAUUCGUAAAGACCACGUUUUGGGUGGAUUCUACCUCCUAUUCAUAAAGCCUACGUUGACUUGUGUGAUACCAUGUUAUGUACAGGCUGCAGUGUCCCUAAUGAUGUAACUAUUGAUGUGCAUGAUGGUGAUUGCCUAGAAAUUUUAAUCGUUGAUAUGAAUGCUUAAUGUCAAAUGUGCAAUAUGCGCAAUCCACGGUUGCCGAAAUGUCAUUGUUUAGGAUGUUUUUAUGUAAAUUUGUGACUGAUGAGUGAUGAGUGCAAAAUAUGAAUCCAUGUCAAUAUAAUAGGUACAACCUCGUA